AUGGUGAAAACCUGCAGUGUAUACAAGUGCGCAAACCAGUUUGACCGGUCAAAGAAAAUAAGUUUUUUUCGGUUCCCAAAAGAUAAGCGGAAGCGGAAGACAUGGAUAAAAGCACUUAACAGGGAUGGUUGGGUUCCGAACGAAAGUUCGUGGAUAUGUUCCGAGCAUUUUAUCGACGGCUGGCACGGAUAUGACCCUGCUGACGAGAAUUACGCUCCGACAAUUUUCAAAUACAAGGAAAGCCAAUAUUUGAAAACAAACCAAAUACAGCUGGAGGAGGUAAAAAAGAAAGUGUCUUUAGCCAUGCACAGAGGGUACUGUAAGCCUGUCCCAGAACCUGAAGCUGAGGCUGAGAUUCAAGAAGAGGAUGACACAGAUGUUAAUGUUCUUGUUGACACUGGUGUCCAAUGUGAUGAAGACCCUCUUCUCUUGGAGAAUAGGCGACUCCAGGAGGAAGUAAGAUUACUAAAAGAGGAGGUACGCCAGCUCAAAUGGGGAGUAGGCAAAAUAAAGGACAAUGACACACAGACCCGAUUUUACACUGGUCUCCCAACAUUUGGCGUUUUCUUGUGGCUGUACAAGUAA